AUGUCAAGUCAAGGAAACGAUGGAGAGUGUCAGUUAGAAGUGGACUUUGUGGAUGAAGGUGACCUUGAAGGACGAUUCAAAUCUUGUUUAAAAAAUCCUGAUCACAAACAAUUUUUAUCUUUGAAAACUUUACAAUUCAAAGAUUUACCUGAACAUCACCAGACACCUUGCACCUUAGAUUUUAUUUAUUAUGUGGCACAGUUCACUGUGAGGUUAGUUGUAGAUUUCAUCAGUCCUGACAGACCAUGUCAUUGUGGACAAGAAAACACAAGCCAAGACAGACAAUGUCAAUGUUUAAGAGGAAAUGUGAGACACGUAGGAAGUGGUUUGGUAACUGGACUGGCUGGACCUGAUCAACUAGCACCUGACGUCAGAGACUCCACAAAAACCUAUUUUAUACUGGUCACAGCCGCACAUGUUAUAUUUGACACAAGUGAAGCCCAGAAGACAGAGAUUGAAUUUUUUCAUGAUGAUCCACAUGACAGGAGCUCAGUGAGGAAAGCUUUUGGUUUGAAAGUUUUAAAUACAAACUUAGAAGCUGACUUUAGUGAAGUGCUCUGUGUUGCUGAGGAUGAAAAGAUAUCUGAAACUUUAAAUAAUCGUACGUUUUUUAGAAAAGUAAUCAGUGAAAUAAAAAGUUCAUGGAAGAAAGGUUGGACAUUGUCACAGGAUCUUGCUGUUCAUAUCUCCCAUCCACAUGGAACAUCAAAGAAAGUGACGUUAGGAAACAUUGUUAGUGCAGACACAAGUCACGGACAUUACCAACUAAUUUAUAGUCUGGCAACAUGUUGA